GUGCGGGGUGGAUGGAGCGGACCAUGUGGAGUGAAACGGCGGAGGAAGGGAGAGAGGGAGGGAGACCUGCAGCAGCCACAGCCUUUGAAAAUAGUUGAUGCAAGAGGCGAGAUCGUCCAGACUGAGGGACACACACAAACAUGGCGACAGUAGGAAGACGUCUGCCCCGGAAUGUCCUGUCAUUAUGCCGCCGUGCACAGUGCUCGAGGACAGUUAAGACCAGUGCCUCCCAUGGUAGCUUCAGGAGUAAUCAGAGCCUCUACCUGUGUGGAGUAGCCGCGGCGACAUCCACUUACUUAGGCUGGAAAUGGCUGCAAGGGAGUGCCGUGGUGGAGGCUGCCAAACCCUUUCGCCGUCCUAUUGAUGAAUCAUCCCUUCGUGGCCUGAAGCUGAACCACCGUGAGCGCCGAUUCAUCAAGUUCUCAUCUGUUGAGUAUGAGGGACAGCUGUACAUGACACCCCAGGACUUCAUUGAGUCAGUGACAGACUCUGAGCCUCGCCCUCGCUUAAAGAGGAAGAUGCUCAAUGAGAGAGAUUUGGAGCAGUUUUCCCAGGAGACCCCUUUACUCUCCAAGAGCUCUCCAGACAUGUUCAGAACCAUAUUUGAUAAGGGUAUCAUUUCAUAUACAGAGUACUUGUUCCUGCUCUCAAUUCUUACAAAGCCGCAGACAGGGUUCAGGAUCGCCUUCAACAUGUUUGACACUGACGGCAACCAGCGGGUCGACAAGGAGGAGUUUCUUGUGUUAAUGGACUUGAUCACUUGUGGAGUUUACCGGGCGUAUUCCUCUUGGUUGAGUGACACAGCCCAGGAUGAAAACGAUGACUCUGAGAAUUCCAAGAAGCUGAAGGCAACAAGGCAGGUCGUAAGUCAGCAGCUGGUGGGCCGAACUGUAGACAGCGUUCGUGUGGGGCUUGAAAAAAUCUUCAGCACUGCUCGGAGGGAUCGGCUGAACAGAGCCUUAGAGGGAGCAGUGAAGGCCAACGAUGCAGGAGGAGAUGAAGAGGUUGUGCUAGAGGACGAGCUGCAGAAGAGUCAUGUUGUGGACACCACCCUCCUCCUCCACUUCUUUGGUCGCAAGGGCAAGCAGGACCUCAAGUUUGAGGAAUUUAAAAUGUUUAUGGAAAACCUUCAAACUGAGGUCCUGGAGAUUGAGUUCAAUGAGUUCUCGAAGGGUCUGCCGGCAAUAACUGAGCUGGACUUCGCCAAGAUAUUACUACGCUACACCUACCUGCAAUCUGACCAAUACGAGAUGUACCUGGAGAGGCUUCUGGACCGCAUCCCCGAGGGGCGAGGAAUCACCUUCUCAGAGUUCAAGUCCUUCUGCCAGUUCCUCAACACUCUGGAUGACUUUGCCAUUGCCAUGAGGAUGUACACCUUAGCUGAUCAACCCAUCUCCCAAGAGGAGUUCCACCGAGCAGUCAAGAUUUGCACUGGUGCCGAGCUGAGCCCUCACAUAGUGGAUACUGUCUUCAAGAUCUUUGAUGAUGAUGGAGAUGGCCAGCUCAGCUAUAAAGAGUUCAUUGCCAUUAUGAGAGAUCGGCUGCAUCGUGGCUUCAAGCACACCUCGCGGAGUGAAGGCUGGGAUGCCUUCAAGCAAUGUGUCAAGAGUGAGAUGAAGGCCGUGGUGUGAAGACCCUAAGUGCUGAUACAAGAGUCAACAACCCAGUGAGGGCUGGGUAGGCUUCAAGGCAUGUGUGAAGGAAGCCAUGAGGAAUCAGGGGCAACAGGAUUAGUAGCCCUCACUCACUUCGGCCUCCCGGACACACACGUUGCACAGCACUGCAAUGAUGGCAUUGGUCACAAAGUGUUGUUACAUAAUUUAAAGUGUAUAAAGUAGUAUUACAUAAUUUUAUUUAUGAGUGAAACAUACAGGUGAAAACAUUUUUCUUGGAUUAGAGCUUGUUCAACUGAUUGAUUAUUAACUCUGCCAUUUUUUAAAACUUACUAACUAUGCCAUUUUUUUUUUAUCUCAGACUGAAUAAAUUUUGUGUGAUGAUUAAGUGAUUAGCAUUACUGAUUGCAUUAUAGGCUUGCACAUUUUGACCAGGCUGUGCAUCUGAAAUCAUGGUAAUUUAAUGUCCAAAUCUUAAUCGUGAUAGAUCAGCAGCUGCACACCUAUGGAAACACCUUGGUAUGUCACUAUACUGACCUGGUCAUUAUAGUGUCAGUGUAUCACUUUGUAAUAAAUAAAUAAACCACACAAUCAGUUAAGACAAAGAAAAACCAUAAGUGCACACCAAGCAUCAAAAGUUUACAUAUCAUACCUACUCAAGGGUGUUUAUAAGCUUAGCUAACAUCAUGCUGCUUCCUGUGGUGCUGUUACUGUGAACCUUGAAACUUUUACAAUACAUGGAGAUGCAUGCACUUUCCCUCCCAGUGUGUAAAAAAUUCAUGACUGAUUCUGAAAAAUUUAAGGGAGGAAAUGCACUGCUGUGUGCUGAUUAUCAUGGAACAUUACUAGUAAAGGAUGGACACUAUCAACAUUGCAUGCUCCGUCCACCAUAUGUAAUAAAUGAUAAAAAUGACAAAUUUAAAGGUUUUCCAGUGGUACUCUCGUAAAUAUGUUUGAUUACAUAUGUAUGUAAGAAUAUUAUAUAUGCAAAUAUGUAAGUAUACAAAGCACAAAUAUAACUCUUUGUGAUUAAAGAUAUAAGUUCAACAAUGGUUUUGAUAUAAUUGCAGAAGUGCAUUUUAUUCAAAUCAUUGGGUAACAUGGAAAAAUCAUUUGCUAAACACUGUAUACUUAUUGAAUAUGGAGAUUAACAUUUUCAUGUUCAGUGUGACUUUCCCGCUGUGUCACAAGGUGAGGGAGAGGUAGUGUUUCUCUGUAACUAGCAGGGCUACAUGGCCUAAGUACUUAGCUCUGAGGAUUGUUUCAGAGUGGUUCGCUUCAUAGAAACCAUGGAAGUCCCUUAUUUAUUAUCUUGCUUAUGUGUUGACUAAGCUGCAGGAAAGCUUUGUCUCUGAAUGUCUAGGCACUGAAUGUCAUGUUUUCUUACUCUGUGCUAAGGAAUGGUCUGUUCUUGAGAGUUGUGCAGAUUAUUGUUGAUUGUUAAAACAGUGAAGAUGACAGGCACCUGCCAUAUGGUAAAGAGCAUGACAGUGGAACAGAUGCCAUGUAGAUAGAACGUUUUCUAGUCAAAGAAUUGUAGAUAUACAAAGUUUAUUAAUGAUCUUAUCUUCUCCCUUUUGUGAAAAGUGGUGCUCUGCUACUUUCAAUCAUGCCUGUUGAGCAGAUUAUAUAAUAUCGUUAGUAUAUAUUCUGUUGUUACUUUUCUACAAAUUCAGUGAAUUUUGAUAUGGGUUAAAAUUCAUGCAAAUACCAAGUUUGUUGUACAGAUUGACUGGUUAUAUACAUCAGUUUUCUAAAGCAAGGUAAAGAUACACACAACCCCACUGCAAAACUAUGCAUCAACCUAUAUGUGUUUUGCAAGGCCCCAGUCAUUGUCUUGUUCUCCUUAUGGUGGCUCUUCACUAAGCCACCAUUUGGAAGCAGGGCCAUUACAAAAUAUGGCUGCAUGCCCUUACUGGCACCAACAUUAACCCAUGCAAAGUAUGGACAUUCACUUCCCUGAGCAGAGACAUGCCAGUUGUAUACCCUGCACAUGUAUGAAAAAAGGGCAGGCAAGAUGUGCAGGAAAAUUGAAUGAAACUGACUAGUUGAAAACUGGAGAAAUAAGCUUUAAACUGAAGUAAACUGAUGCAACCUUCAAAAAGCAAUGCUGAAAGAUGAUUAUUCAGUAAGAAUACUUGACGGGAUUGCACCAGUACAGAAUUAAUGUAAAACACAAAUCAAACAAGAAAUACCACAGCAAUGUGACUGUAGUUGCAAUGCAUUUCUCUAUGAACUUUAAGGAGUUGAAUAGUUACUAUUUAUAUCAUUAUAUCACUUGUUAAACUGGAUUUAAUAUGUUAUUAAAGUUUAUGUAAAUCA